AUGGCAACAAAACGCAAAAUCGAGAAUGCUCCGAACCCAGAUAGCGCGCAAACCAUCCGUGGCUUGGAUUUGCCCACCUACGAUGGCGCAGGGCUUCGGAUCGGGAUAGUGAGUGCCAGAUGGAAUUCUAUAGUAUGUGACAGUUUGGUUGCCGGGGCUGUCGAAGCCCUGAGGUCCUGCAACGUCUCUGACAUUACCAUUGAGCACGUUGCCGGAUCUUACGAGAUUCCUCAGGCUGCACAGGUUCUUUUGGAUUCUGGUCGGUUUGAUGGAGUCAUUUGCAUUGGCUGCCUGAUAAAGGGCGGCACAAUGCACUUCGAGUACAUCAGCGAGGCCGUUACCCAAGGUAUCAUGAGACUCAACUUGGACUACAAGGUGCCAGUCAUUUACGGCAUUCUUGGUUGCUUGAACGAGGAGCAGGCCAAAGAAAGAGCCGGAGUUGAUGGAGCUGGGCACAACAGUGGUAAGGACUGGGGCAUCACGGCUGUAGAGUCGUGCCUUCUGACCAAGAAGUAUAGAAAGGUGCUGGGCAGUUGA